AUGGGUUUAUUUGGCGCAUUAGCAGGAGUUGCAUCCAGAUUUUUACCCGCAGUGGGAACAAUAGCUAGAGGUGCAUUUGGAAUUGGAAGGAAGAUUUUGAGUACAUUAGGUAUACUUAAAGAGAAAGCACAACCUAUUAUACAAACUGUACAGAAAGGUUGGGAGGUAGCACGAGAUGCAGCAAAUCUUAUUCCAAAUCCUGAAACAAGAGGAAAAGUUCAAGGAUGGAUGGACAAUGUAGGAAGACAAGCAGGAAACUACUAUAACAAAGCAAAUGACUACUAUAACCAAGCAGGGCACUAUAUGGACCAAG